UUUGUCGGGUUUGGGCGACUGUGCCUUGCGCGCACAAUCGUUCGCCAACUCCACUUCGCACACCUCGGGCGCUUUACACGAAUUUGGUCCAUGGUGGUGACAACACCCCCUAAACCGCCACUACCCCAAGCAUCGAAUAUCUCAACUCUCUGCAGUAUCAAACUCGACGUCAUCUGGACCACUGCGGAGUGAAUAUUUAGUGACAGUUCGAACGGUUAAUUGCUGGAUACCGUAAGACGCGGUGGCGACUGCCGUCUUUCUGAGUCUCGAAAAAACCCAGUCUAUGUGAGGUUAAUAACGCCUCCAGGUCAAGAAAUUCUUCCAGGAGGGGGGUUGACAUCUCGAGGAAACGUCAAAACAAGUUAUUAGAGUCAGAAAUAAAUUUCCCUCCUUCUGGGGUUCAUAUUUGCCAGAAAUUCAAUCUCUAGGGAACCAUUUGAAGAGUCUUAACCUAGUUUUUUCGGGGUAGGGGUAGGUCGGAACCCCCGGGUUUGUUUACGAUUUUGUGAUCUCGGAUUUAAGAGUUCGGAAGUUGGGGUAGUGUCAUGAAUUGUUUUUGGCAGUGAGAGAGUGGAGUGACCUUGUGGGAAGAACCGAAGACCGUGAGAGAAUCGAAGAUGCUGCCCAGGAAGGGAGAGGUUGAUCGCGUGAGGUUUACUUCGAAAUGGAGAAUCGCUCUUGCAACCGUUUGGCUGGUAGCCACGUGUGCCGCUGCCAGCAAUGUAAACGAGCCUCCAAUUUUGGCAGCAGGAGGAUAUCCCAUGGGAUUGCCUCUUUCAGAGACAACCCCUGUCGGGACCAAAGUCUUCACUUUAAAAGCUCACGAUCCAGAAGGUUCGCCUGUCAAAUAUGGAAUUCAAUUAACCGAGAAGUUUGUCGUUGAUUCACAAACCGGCGUUAUUUCUCUCGCAAAAGCACUGAAUCGUGAGGAAAAUGACACGAUUCGGUUCCGGGUAACGUUGGAGGAUCAAGUUCCGGCAGGACAACAACCAAACAUUGUGGGAGUGGACGCAUACGUAAUCGUCCUGGACGAGAAUGAUAAUCCUCCGCAAUUCGAGGGUACUCCUUACGAGGCAGUUGCAGCCGAAGACACUCCAGUUAACACGACAAUUUUGCCUGCUAUCAGAGUCACUGAUCCGGAUUUGAUCGGAGAAAAUAUCGAGCUGACUUGUAUUCCCCAACCACAAUUUCCCGAUGCUUGCAUGAAGUUUGGAAUAGACGAUGUGGAGAAAAGCGAAAACACGUACGUGGGUUCUCUGGUUCUGCGACAGCCUCUUGACUACAAGGAGAGACCUUUCUACCAGCUGCUUCUCAUGGCGAGCGAUGGAACGAACAAUAGGACUACUGGAGUUGAAAUCAAAGUAACUGACAUACAAAAUAGUCCACCUGAGUUUUUGGAUUCACUGACGGGAGUGGUUCGUGAAGAUGAUCCAAUUGGUACUUUGGUCAUGACGGUAAAAGCUCGGGAUGGUGAUAGAGGCAUGCCGAGAAAGAUCGUUUACGAGCUCGUCACCAAUCCAUUCGAUUACUUUCUCCUGGAUUCUACCACUGGUGAACUGAGAACAGCAAAACCUCUGGAUAGAGAGGCUUUACAGGAUUCGACUGGAGUUUUGACGCUGACGGUGAAGGCACGAGAGGUAAUCGGUGGCAUGCCAGGAAACGACGAAUCGACAGUUUCAACGGCGGAAGCCACCGUCACUAUCAAAGACGUCAAUGACGAGCCACCUUCCUUCAAUCAGCGGGAGUACAAUAUCGAAAUUCCCGAAAAUGUCCCCGAUGGAACUCCGCUUCCACAUUUGGACAUGACUGUCAAGGAUCCUGACGUGGGUUCAAAUUCCGCGUUCUCUCUGCGAUUAGAAGAUAUAACUGGUGCGUUCGCCAUUGAGCCGGCCCAGGCGACCGGAAGUACUUCGGUCAAUAUACGUGUGACCAACGGCUCCCUAGACUACGAGAAUCCCAACCAGAGGAAGUUUAUCAUUCUGGUGAUUGCAGAGGAACUACAUACAAAUCCGAAGCUAUCAUCGACUGCCACCGUAACUGUCGGGAUCGUCGAUGCUAAUGACAAUUCUCCUUCAUUUGCAAGUCCAACUUACACGGCUGUUGUGUCCGAAACUGCAGCCCCGGGGAGCUCAAUUGCGACAAUUACUGCCAAAGAUCGUGACAGUGGCCGAUUUGGAGUCGCCGGUAUUAUUUACCAAUUGAUUGGCCAAGGCGCUGAGCAUUUUGCCGUUGAUAAAAAGACCGGGAGCAUCACAGUUGCUCCCUGUCCAACUCCAGGAACAUCACCUUGUCUUGAUUACGAGGAACAAUCAGAGUACUUCCUAAAUUACAAAGCGACUGAUGACGAUGGUAAAGGUCAAACAACAAGUGUUUCUUUGAGAAUUGGCCUCUCUGAUGCAAACGACAGUCCUCCGCUUUUCCAACAGGCGAAAUAUCGAGCAGUCGUUGACGAGGGAGCUGAGAAAUUCGAGCCUGAAUUGAAAGUUCAGGCAAGGGACAAGGACAAGACAUCGAAAAUUUCCUAUUCUCUCGUUGACGGUAACGAGAAGGGUCUCUUCAACAUCGACCCGGACACUGGCGUAAUUUCUAUCACUAAGAAAGGUUCCGUUGCUGUCACGAAUUCUAGUCAGGACUGGAUUGCCCUUACAGUUCAGGCUAGCGACGGAGCUUUCACCGACAAUGCAACCGUAAACAUUACCGUCCGCGACGUUAACAACAACAUUCCUGUCUUUCCUCAUGAUCUUUACACCGCCAAUAUUCCCGAAUUAUCCAUGCCAGGGGCGAUCGUCGAAGAAAUAUUGGCUACUGAUGCCGACAGGGGCGUUAAUGCGGAACUGACUUACAGAAUUCAGAAAGGAGCAUUCGAUGACUUUGCAAUUAACGAGACAACUGGGAUAGUUACCGUAUCUCGAAAACUGGACUACGAUGAAAGAAAUACUUACCAUGUGGAAGUGAUUGCAUUCGAUGGUGGAACGCCAAGUUUGACAGGAACAACAACUUUGAUGAUCCACGUGGAAAAUAGCAACGACAAGCCACCUUAUUUCACUCCAGAAAUCCAAAGAGCCGAAGUAACAGAAGAUACAGCAAUCGGAACCGUCUUUACGACCUUAAAAGCCGUUGAUCCCGACAGUCCAAAGCCGGAAGCUUUAAACUUUGCGAUUUCAGAGCCGAUAACAGCAAUCGAUCGAAACGGUCAGCAAGUGAAUGCGAGUAUAGUCUCGUUUAAAGAAUUCUUCGCUGUUGAUAAAAAGACCGGUCAAAUUUCGGUUGUGAAACCUUUAGAUAGAGAUGUGGCAGCAACUGUGAGUGUCAAUGUCGUUGUUACGGAUAUAACAGCUCCGAGUUUACAGCAGGGAAAAGGCACUUUGGUAAUCACGAUUAUCGAUGUCAAUCAUCUGGCACCGGAAUUCGUAAAGCCCUGGACGAAAGAAGAUCCGAAUUAUUUAAUUGAAAUGCAAGAGGAACAACCGACUGGUGCUGUUGUGGGAGGUUUCACGGCCACUGAUGCUGAUAGUAAUAUUGCGGGAUAUGCGAUCGAACCUCCGAGUCCUUAUUUCAACAUCGAUAAUGUCACUGGAAUUGUGAGAACGAGUCAGAGGAUCGAUUAUGAAGAAACGAAACAGCUGGAGUUUACGGUAGUUGCUUACGAUUCUGGUGUUCCGCAACUUUCUUCAUCUGCGAAGGUGACAGUCACGGUAAUAAAUGUUAACGAUCAAGAUCCAAUCUUCGAACAAAAAUCUUACAACGCGUCAGUGGAGGAAAAUUCCCCACCAGGAACUCAUGUGACAGUUGUCAAGGCUGUGGAUGCCGAUGAAGGACCUUUUGGCCAAGUCAGUUACAGUCUGAUUGGAGAACACGCCUCGGAUUUCAAUAUCGGCCAUGAAACUGGAGAGAUCACCGUGGGAGCGGCAACAGUUCUCGAUCGAGAAAUGACUCCUGAAAUUACCAUAACUGUAAUGGCAAAUGAUGACGCUCCUUUGGAUUCCAGAAGGUCAACUACAGUUCCAGUCGUCGUGAAGUUGAUAGAUGUUAAUGACAAUAGGCCUAUUUUCUCCCAGCACAGUUACAGAGCUUCUGUUGCUGAGAAUCUUUCGGUUAAUCCACCUGCCCCAAUUUUGCAGGUGCGAGCAGUCGAUAAUGACGAGGGACUAAAUGGAGAAGUUAUAUAUACAAUAAUAGGAGGAAAUACAGACCAAUCUUUUGCCUUGAAUCCGGAAACUGGAAUUUUAUACCCAGCAGUUUCUCUCCUCGGUAGAACCGGUACUUACAGAAUAGAAGUCGAAUCCAAAGAUGGGAGUGGAAAAGGUCCACAUUCUGAUAAAUGUUACGUCGAUAUCAGAGUGAUAUCGGUCAAUCAACAUAAACCAGAAUUUAUCUUACCCGAAUUGCCAAAUGCUACAGUCGAAGUUCCUGAGAACGCGGGAGUGCCAAACUAUCUUGUAAUGACCGUCAAAGCAACUGAUAAGGAUCCUGGAGAAAAUGGAAAAAUAAGUUAUCAUCUGAAAGUUGGAAAUAAGAACGUCCAGGAAACGGAAGAAUUUGUAAUCAGUCAAGAAACUGGCGAGCUGCGUGCAAAGAUAAUUCUUGAUCGGGAAGUUAAGAACAAAUUCGAGCUUGUUUUAGUAGCAACUGAUCAUGGAAAUCCAACGGCCUACGAAACUUUGCGCUUACUCACAAUAUUAUUAGUCGAUACGAACGACAAUAUCCCUGAAUUCGAAGAUGAUUACACCUUCAAUGUGCCUGAAAAUAGGCCGAAGGAUUAUUUCGUGGGAAAAGUUGUGGCAGAAGAUAAAGAUGAAGGAAGACAUGCUAAAGUUUAUUAUUACGUCGAAGCUGGAAAUAUGGAUGGUGCAUUUUACAUCGACAAAUCUGACGGCAGUAUUUACACGAACAAAUCCUUUGAUCGCGAAAAGCGAGAUAGCUACGUGCUUUCAAUACUUGCAGCGAAUGAUCCAGAUCUCUAUAUUGAUCCCCGAGGCUCGAAUUAUCCGAACAAAAAUCCAGAGCAUGGCCACACAAACGUCACGAUAACUAUUCUCGACGAGAACGAUAAUCCUCCCGUCUUUGAGCGCAGCGAUUAUUACGCCGGAAUUAAUUCGAUGGCGAACAUUAAUGAAUUCGUGGCGAAAGUUACAGCCUCGGAUUUGGAUCUCGGGGACAAUGGAACACUUCAGUAUUAUGUACGCAGCGCGAAUCUCUACAAAUACGGAUCGGAGAGACCGAGUGGCUCGAUUGUUCCGAGUCCAUUCAACGUCACUCAGGACGGAAAAUUGGUCACCAGUGGAUAUAUGGCGGAAUAUAAUCAGGAUAGAUUUAUCGUCGAGGUUGUGGCACAGGAAACUGCUUCUCCUGUCCGAUUCACCAUUGCCAAAGUCCACGUUUGGGUCUUUGAGCCUUCGCAGCUGAUAAGAGUGAUUUUAUCUCGACCUCCGGAAGAAGUUCAUCGUGAAAGGGAUGAAAUCGUUGCUGAAUUAUCGAAUGCUACACAAAGUAGAGUUGUUGUGGAUGAUAUUAGAUAUCAUGUUGAUGGAUCUGGUCAUAUAAGAAGAGAUUGGUGCGACAUGUAUCUUCACGUUGUGAAUCAAAAGACGCAAACCAUUUUCCCGAUUUCACAUGUUCUGAAGGUCAUUGAUGCCAAAUACGAUUUCCUCAAACAUUAUUAUGCUGGUGUUGCCAUCGAGAAUGUUGUGCCGGCAUAUGCGGGAGUUCAGGAGGAACCUUUCGAUCCCGCUCUAGCUGCUUUGAUAGCUCUCCUAGUAGUUCUUCUAGUCGGUGCUGUAACAGUUACAGUCGUUUGUUGCUGUCUACGUCACUGGGUUAUCACUGUUCCAAAUGACAUCAGAAAGAAGGACGGUUUAAUCAAAAAGCAGAUCAUAGACGAGUUAAAUACAACAGAAAAUCCUCUCUGGAUCGAACAGAAAUUAAAGUUGUACGAAGAACAGGAGUUGACAAUGCAGGUAUUUAGUGAACCGGAAGGUGGUCUCGGAGCCGAGAGACGUGGAAGCAAUGUAAGUAUUGGCAUGGGCGAUACAUCUCAAGACAACACGUAUGCAACAAUUCAACAUCCGCUACCAACAAACAGGCAUCGUCCCACGACUCCUGAUUACACAACUCUCCCUGGAAAUCGCAACAUGUAUGAAGCUGCAAUGGGUUUCCAAGGUUCCACUUUCCAGCCAUCGGCAAAUGUAAUGCCACAACUCACUCUCGAUCGCGACGGCCAGCCCCAAUUUGUUUCUGGCCUCGUCUGAGAACUAAAUUCCACUUCCUCGUUCGUCGUGAGCUCUCCAUUCGCUUUCCAUUCUUCCUCCAUUUUUUUAUGUUUUUUUUUCGUAUGCGUUUUACGAAAAAAUAAAUAAAAUAAAAUAAAACGACUGCACUUACACGGUCGUGCCACUUUGACAAUAACCGGGUAGUAUGGUUAAUCUGCCGUGUAAGUACUUGCGUUCAAUUUUUCAUUAUUUACAUUCUCAGUUAAUUAUUCUGAGAAGACUGAGCUUCCAGAAAGUGUAGAGUGCUUCUAGAAAACAAUUGCAAUGAAUUCGAUGGCAUUUUUUCAUGUUUCAUUAGAGAAUUAAUGAAGAAAAUCUGCUUUUACCUUCGCUUAACAUUUUCGUCAAAUGGUUAUGCCCGAUAAGUAUUAGAAACUUUUCAAAUUUGCUUUUUCAAGUAUGUAAACUUUGAAGCAUAUUACAGUAAUUCAUCAUCACAGAAAUUCGAUCAUCUCUUUUUAUACGAAGUCAUCACUUUUGAGCGAAGGUGAAAUGCCAGUUUUAAGAGUGACUCAAACUGAGAAAGAUACGAGUUGAUAUUAAUGAAACCGUACGUAUACAUUCCUUGUAGCCAAUAUUAUGUACAUGUAUAUAUGUGUACGAUGCCAAACUGAAGUUUGUGAAAAGAGGAAGCAAAAGUGAAAGCUCAAAAGACAGUAUUCGUGAAACUGAAGCUUGGCACGACAAAUAUAUGUAUACAGGACUGUCCCAGUAACUGAUUUUUCUCGCUGGCACAAGUUUUUCUAGUUUGGAAACUUGAAAACUUUUGAAACUUGCGAAACUUUUACGAAAAGGGGAAAGCUUGACGUCGAGAGUGAAAGAGAAGAACAUAAAAAAAGUUGCACUAGAGAAAUUGAAUUCGCACAAAUUCGGCACCUCUUUUCUCUUUCACUCUUCGGCAUUUUUUGUCCUGGAAUUGAAUUGCGGGGCGAUAAUCAAUUUAAUCAGUUACUAGUGACAUCGGUAUAGUUAAAUGUGUAGAUUCCGUCCAGCCCAUUCUACUGUCCGAUUAUUUCCUCGUUAUGUAUAGUAACUUUACAUACUUUGCAAACGAAUAUGUUUAGUUAUAAAUUAAGUUAAAUAUAUAUAUAGUUAUAUAUUAAGUUAUGUUUUUUAUAACUGUGGUGAUCACUACCGAAUUAGGAAAAUAUCUACCGUUACUCAUUAGUCGUUACGUGCAUUGUUUAAUUGAAUAAAGAUUCAGCGUCUGUUUUAACCUGACAAAUCUGUGAUUGAAUCUUAUUAAGAAAGAAUAAUUAUUCGUUAAUUUAACUUGAACCUUUGGGUGAAACGAUGGGCGGAAAUAGUCAUAUCAUAGUUAAGUAAAAGGAUGUUGUCGUUCGCAUUGAAUCUCGAGUGCUAGUUUUUCAAGAGAGAAUCGAAACUAUUUCAAUUUUCCAGAAUCAAAGGGGCAAACUCAUUUUUUGAUGUUUUUUUGUCUUACUUUGUCACUUGUGCCGUCCCCGUUCAAAAGCGAUUCGCUUUCCGAAGGUUUCUGCGAACGGCUCGCACCGUACGAAUAGCUCAUACUCUAGUAAGUAAGACGAUCAUAUUAGAACAUUUAGUACAAUCCAUUGUCAUUAUAUUAUUGUUAGAUGGUUAUCAUUAUUAUUGGUAGUGAAGAAAUUGUCUGUUUCUUAAUCAUGAACUGAUUGUAAUAUUGUAACAUAUUUUAUGUAAGUGAUUAAUAUAAAAUAUUCAUACUGUA